CGUAUUAAAUUAUUGUUAGAGAAAUAUUCAUCCGUAAAAAAUAAUAAUAAUGCAGCUUUUGAAAUUACGGAUGUUACUUCUAAAUUAGAACAUCCUUUACUUUCUUUAAAAUCUUUAGAAUUUGCAUUUUUCAGAGUUUUAGGAAUCCCCAGCAUAUCAAAAAUAAUUGGGAGUACAGGAGAAAUGGUAUACCGAUGUGGCAAACGUUAUGAUGAUACUGAUUUAAUUAUAAGAGAAUUUUGUGAAAAUCCACUUGAUUCAGAAAGAGCAGAAACGGCUAUUAAAAGGAUGAAUUUCAUCCAUAAAUUUUAUCCAAUUGAAAAUAAAGAUAUGCUUUAUACGCUUUCUUUAUUCAUCUGUGAGCCACCAAAAUGGAUCAACGAAUUUGGUUGGAGGAAAUUGACAAACAUAGAAACUGAAGCAAUUUAUGAAUAUUGGAAGGAAAUAGGAAUACGCAUGAGUAUCAAAGAAAUUCCUCCUACUUACGAUGACAUGGUCAAAUUUAAAGAGGAUUUUGAAGUAAAAUAUAUGAUGUACAACAAAUCAAAUCCUACAGCAGCAGAAGGAACUAUACGACUAUUUCUUUCACAGGUUCCUCUAUUUCUUCAACCAUUUGCCCGAAAAGUUAUUUAUAGUCUUCUUGAUGAUCACUUUCUAGUUGCUAUGGGAUAUCCAAAACAACCAACAUGGCUUGUUUUUCUGAUAAAAUUUCUUUUGAAAACUCGAGCAUUAUUCAUACGCCAUUUAAUGCUUCCCCAAACAAUCCGAACAGUUCGGAUACCUGAUAAUCCCAUUACUAUUAUGGGAAAUAAUGAUCAUUUAUGUGUAAGAAAAAAUUUAAAUAUUGAUGAAAUGGAUUCGUCAAAAAUUUACAUACCACGGUUUCAUCCUUAUGAGAAUACCUAUCAAAACGGUUAUAAAAUUGAAGAACUUGGUCCUAAAAAAUUUGAAAAGGGUAAAUUGGGUAAAUUGGGGACUAUCCAGCCCGAUUCUAUUUCUGCGCCAUCUUAUUAA